CAAACCCCCGCCCCGCCCCUGGGCGCAACCCGCCGGGAAGCAGGCGGCGAGGGAGGCUUCUCGGCUGCGAUCCGGCACAGGGUCUCAGGGACGGAGGAUAGGAGCGUCUGACCAGAGUGGCUAAACAGGGUUUCACCAUGCUGGCCAGGCUGCGCUUGUACUCCUGACCUCAAGUCAUCUGCCCGCCUCCGCCUCCCAAAGUGCUGGGAUUACAGGUGUGAGCCACUGUGCCUGGCAAAUUUAGAUUGAUGUGAAAGGAGAAGACAUCAUAAAUCAGUAUCUCUGGGAGGAGACCAUGAUAAAUAGCCCCCUGACGGCAAGUCAGUUUCACUUCUGCUGUGUGAAUGUGGCUUUGCGACUGUGGCCCCAAAGGGCUGCGUAACCCAGCUGGUUUGAAAUACCUGAACCAAGGAGAAGCUGCCAUCAUCUCCUUUGUGGAUUUCUCUAACCAACGCAGAACUUUGUUUUCUUCUGUUCAGUGACGUUUGAUUCCUGCUGAGACUUACUGGAACUAAGUAUCACUGGCGCAGGGUUCAAGGCUUGCCCCACUGGAGCACGGACGCCGCCCAAAGCAGCGAAGCUAUACAAAUUCACCUUCACAGCUCUGGUCACCAGAGGCUUAUUCUCAUUUCAGCGCUGGUUCUUCUAAGGGGAGAAGAGCAGGUGCUCACAUAACAAGGCAUGGCAGAAACAAAGGAUGUUUUUGGCCAGGAACCACAUCCAGUUGAAGAUGAUUUAUUUAAAGAACCAACGAGAAAAAGAAGGAAAUCAGAUCGAGACCAGUGGUUCCGAGCAUUUCCCUCCGUGGAGCAGAGCUCCCUUAAGGAAUAUGAAAAACUGGAAUCACGGACCAGAAGGGUGUUGAGCAACACUUACCAGAAACUUAUUCAGUCGGUCUUCCUGGAUGACAGUGUCCCUAAUGGAGUCAAGUAUCUCAUAAAUAGGCUCCUUGCCUUGAUUGAAAAGCCGACAUUGGACCCAAUCUACAUUGGGUUAUUUGGAAGCACUGGGGCUGGGAAGAGCUCCCUGAUCAAUGCCAUCAUCCAGCAAGCAAUGUUUCUACCAGUGUCUGGAGAAAGCAUAUGUACUUCCUGCAUUGUACAAGUGAGCUCCGGCUGCUGUGUACAGUAUGAGGCCAAAAUCCAUCUUCUCUCCGACCAAGAGUGGAGGGAGGAGCUGAAGAACCUGACUAAACUCCUGCACAGGAUGGAGGAGCUGGGCGGAGAAGAGGCGGAUGCGUGGAACAGGGAUGAGGCAGUGGAGGAGGCCACCUGGAAGCUACAGAUGAUUUAUGGAAAUGGGGCGGAAAGGAAGAGCUAUGAGGAGUUACUGAAGGCGAAGCCCAAAGGGAAGAUCCCCACCUGCAGAGUCAUUACCCUCAAGGCAGAAGAGGCGGAAGAGCUGUCCAUCAGGCUGGACCCCUACAUCCGCAUGCACAGGAGAGACUGGGAUGGAGAGGCCGCUGAGAUGCACAUCUGGCCCUUGAUCAAACAUGUGGAAGUGACUCUUCCCAAAUCCGACCUGAUCCCAGAAGGGGUCGUGUUGGUGGACAUCCCAGGCACAGGCGAUUUCAACAGCAAGAGGGACGAGAUGUGGAAAAAGACCAUUGACAAGUGCUCGGUGAUCUGGGUGAUAAGUGACGUAGAGCGAGUUUCUGGGGGGCGAGCCCACGAAGACCUUCUGAAUGAGAGCAUCAAAGCCUGCCAGCGGGGCUUCUGUAGGGACGUGGCCCUGGUGGUCACCAAGACGGACAAACUCCACUUGCCAGAAUACCUAAGAGAAAGAAAGGCGGGAAAUCAAGCUACUCAGAGUCAGCGAGAGGCUGUUUUAGAAAGAAAUGAAAUGCUAAAACUACAGAGGACUAGAAUUCUCAAGGAAAAACUGGAGAGAAAACUGCCGGCUGACUUCAAGGUUCUGGAAGCCUCAGAUCUGGUGUAUACAGUCAGCGCCCAGGAGUACUGGCAGCAGGCUCUCCUCACCGAAGAGGAAACUGAAAUCCCUAAGUUAAGAGAAUACAUCAGGAAAAGGCUCUUGGACAAGAAGAGGAGGACAGUGACCAAGUAUGUGACCGAAGCCUUUGGCCUGUUGCUCCUCACGGAUGGUUUCAACUCCACGCAGAAGCUGCCGAAUGAACACUUGCAUGUGAGUGACCUGCGGAGAUUCACGGAAGAGAAGAUUGAGCUGCUGGAAAAGACCAUCACACAGUGCUUUGCCUGCAUGGAGCGGCCUCUGAAAGAAGGGGUCAGAGCUGCCAGGACCUCCUACCGCUGCAUCCUCAGGGCGUGCCUGGUGAGGAGUAAAGGAAACCAAGGUUUUCAUCAGACCCUGAAAGCUGUUUGCCUGAAAAAUGGCAUCUAUGCCUCCAGGACUUCGGCGAGAAUUGAUCUAAACGAAGCCCUCGCUCAGCCCAUCCAUGACCAGAUCGACCCUGUUUUUGGAAGCAUUUUUAGGAUGGAGAAGCCCACUGGUUUGGCUCUGAUGCCUCACCUUGAUGCUUUUAAGUGCUCCCUGCAGGAGAAAAUGAUGGAAAUUGGGAUAAGAAGUGGCUGGAAAUAUGACAGCUGCAAAAAAACUUUCCUGAUCCAAGAGAUAAGUGCCAUCCUUGGGGUCCUGGAGGACCACAUCCUCAGAAGGAAGAGGAGGAUCUAUGAGUCCCUCACUGCCUCUAUCCAGAGUGACCUGAAGCUCUGUUAUGAAGAGGCAGCUCAGAUCACGGGGAAAAAAGCGUGUGAACGGAUGAAAGAUGUCAUCAGAAGAGGAGUGGACCGGCAGGUGGCCGAGGGCAUGUUUGAAAGGGCCCAGGAAAGGAUGCAGCACCAGUUUCAGCAGCUGAAGGCUGGGAUCGUGGAGAAAGUGAAGGGCAGCAUUGCCACCAUGCUGGCCCUCGCCUCGUCCCACGGGGAUGGCCUCUACAAGGAGCUUGCAGAUGUCGGGAGUGAAUACAAGGAGAUGGAGAAGCUGCACAGAAGCCUGAGGGAGGCCGCGGAGAAUGCCCGGCUGAGGAAGGGCAUGCAAGAGUUCCUCCUAAGGGCAUCCCCCCGCAAGGCUGGCCCCCCCAGAACGUCAGUGUAAUUCCCAGGGCUUAGUCCCAACGGAUGAAAAAUCAGCUCAGAGCCAGAGAAUCAGAAUUACUUUUUUUUUGUUCUUUGUUUUUUUUUUUGAGUUGGAGUCUCACUCUGUUACCCAGGCUGAAGUGCAAUGGUGUGAUCUUGGCUCACUGCAACCUCCACCUCCCGAGUUCAAGCAAUUCUCCUGCCUCAGCCUCCCGAGUAGCUGGGAUUACAGGUGCCCACCACCACACCAGCUAAUUUUUUGUAUUUUUAGUAGAAAUGGGAUUUCACCAUGUUUGCCAGGCUAGUCUUGACCUCCUGACCACCAGUGAUCUGCCCACCUCAGCCUCCCAAAGUGCUGGGAUUACAGGCUUGAGUCACUGUGCCUGGCCAUACGUUUUUGUUCUUAAGAGGCAGGGUCUACCUCUGUGGCCUAGGCUGGAGUGCAGUGGCACCGUCAUAGCUCACUGCAGCCUCGAACUCCUGGGCUCAAGUGAUCCUCCAGCCUCAGCCUCCAGAGUAGUUGGGACUACGGGUACAGGCCACCACACCUGGGUAAUUUUUUAAUUGUUUGUGGAGAUGGUGUCUUGCUCUGUUGCCCACACUGGUCUCAAACUCCUGGCCUCAAGUGGUUCUCCUACCUUAGUCUCUCAAAGCACUGGGAUUACAGGCAUAAGACAUCGUGCCUGGCUCAGAAUUUUUUCUGUUUUGUAAAAUCUAAUAGAGGACAUUUCCCAACUAUUUGGACUUUGUAUGCAAUAUAAAACUAGUAUGUUUACUGCAUUUUAUUUUAUAGCCAAAAAAUAGUCAUCUUCAAUACCUAAUGGAGUUCUAAAGUAUUAGGACAAAAAACUUUUGCUUCCUCAAAAAUAUCAAACAUCAGGCUGGGCGCAGUGGUUCAUGCCUGUAAUUCGAGUACUUUCGGAAGCUGAGUUGGGCAAAUUAUGAGGCCAGGAGAUUGAGACCAUCCUGGCUAACACGGUGAAACCCCGUCUCUACUAAAAAUGGGUGUGGUGGCACGCCUCUGUAGCCCUAACUACUCGGUAGGCUGAGGCAGGAGACUCGCUUGAACCUGGGAGGCGAAGGUUGCAGUGAGCCAGGAUCGUGCCACUGCACUUCAACCUGAGCGACAGAGCCAGACUACAUCUCAAAAAUAAAAAAUAAAAAAAAUCUAAACAUCAAAAAACUUAAAUAUUUUAGAAAACAACAUUGUAAGAUAUAAAAUAAGCCAUAAAAAGAAAUUCAUCUUUCAAUGAAGAAAAAUAUCUAAACGUUGAAAAACUUAAGUAUUAUGGAAAACAUUGCAAAAUAAAGCUUUUAGGGACCCAAUUCUGUUUUUCGUUUUAAUGCUGAUAAGACUUUGGGGAAGGAGGCAACAUUGUGUCAUGGAAGCAAAAUGGGUUUGGCAGCCAGAGGAACACAGACCCGGCUUCAGCACUGCUCAGAUGUGUCAUUCAAAACCAGCACUUCCUAGAUGUUUUCAUCUCAGCACCCUUCACUUUUAAAGGACCCUAAGGAGCGUUUGUUUGUGUGGGUUAUAGCUGUUGAUAUUGACGGUAUUCAAAAUUAAAUAGGAGAAAAUGUAAGUGAUUAUUUACUUUUUUAGAAGUAACGCUAAAUGUGUUAUUAAAAAUAACACAUUGUUAUGUAAAAAGCUAUUUUCCCAAUAAAUAAAUAAAUGUACUGAGAAGAGUAACACUGUUUUCCACUUUUGCAAAUUUCUUUACUCCCUGGCUUAAUAGAAUACAGUUGGACUCUCAUGUCAGUUUCUACAUCCACUCUGUUACAGUGUGUUGUGUUGGUUGAUGUACUUGAGAAAAACUCAGUCUCACACAGAUCUGCAGUUGGAAUACAGGAAGUAUUUUAAUAGGGUUUUCAGGUAAUCUUGGGAUAUUUUUUGAUUCUACAAAGGCAGAUGGCAAUUUCUUAAAAGUUAAUUGUGGCCGAGCACGGUGGCUCAAACCUGUAAUCCCAGCACAUUGGGAGGACGAGGCGGGUGGAUCACGAGGUCAGGAGAUCGAGACCAUCCUGGUCAACAUGGUGAAACCCCGUCUCUACUAAAAAUACAAAAAAUUAGCUGGGCAUGGUGGCGCGUGCCUGUAAUCCCAGCUACUCAGGAGGCUGAGGCAGGAGAAUUGCCUGAACCCAGGAGGCAGAGGUUGCGGUGAGCUGAGAUCACGCCAUUGCACUCCAGCCUGGGUAACAAGAGCAAAACUCCGUCUCAAAAAAAAAAAA